CCAAAGAUGGCCCUGUUGGAGAUCAAACUCAUGUCUCAACUGUAGUCAAAGGUACUUACGGUUAUUCCGCUCCUGAGUACAUCAUGAGUAGUGCCCCUUAUACUUGUCCAAAUUAAUCCCCAGAUGAGCCCCAAAACUGUUUUUUUGGCCCCGAUCUGGUCUCAUUGACCUCAUUCACACAUCAAUCUCUUUCUCUAUGGUUUUUUGUCAUAUCUUAAAAGAUGUUCCACUUCUAACUCAUUCAGGGCAUUUAACCACGAGAUGUGAUGUUCAUGGCUUUGGGGUUGUGUUACUUGAGAUGCUAACUAGAAGGAGAGCAUUGGACACAAGAAGGCCUACUGGAGAGCUAAGUCUCGUGGAGUUUGUCCGACCUUGCUUAACUCGCAUCAAUAAGCUCUUCGAGAUAUUAGACCCGAGAAUGGAAGGCCAAUACUCCAAGAAGACAGCAGCACUAGUAGCACACUUGGUUGCGUCGACCAAAACCCAAAGGCAAGACUUGCUGUGAGUGAAGUGGUACAAAUUCUUGAAGCCAUUACUCAAGCAUAACAAAUCCGUGAUAAAAUAUUGAAGUGUAGAUGUCGCACUUGCCCAAGACCGACCGUGUGCAGAUAACAACACAACUCAAAUCUAAUUGUAAAGAAAGUUUUAUUCGCAGCAUUAAAGCCUUACAUCAUCCCUCUUUAUAAAUAGGGUAAGUUUAACAGACGUACAUAUAUAAGCAACUUUUGGACUAGUAACUUCUACUAAUUAGAAGAUUAUGCCUCAUACUAUGCCUACAGGUUAUUUUCUAAAUUCAUUUUCUAAAUUCAUAUUUAUCUUCUAGGAUUUUCUAUAUUUAUGACUGCUAAAAAAUGACUAGUAUCGUAUUUCAACAACUGGUCGCCUAAGUGUGACACUAACUAAGCUCAUGUGCAAAACUAUUUUGCUAAAGCCAACAACACAAAAAAUUGGUCGCUUAAGUGUGACACUGACUAAACAAAUGCAUAAUGCAGUUUGUCGUGCGGAGGCCACAUCUAUAGCGAAAGCCAAAACUGUCAAUGAUUUGAAAAGUCCAGGGGAAUGGGAUCUUGUUAUAUAUACGUACGAAGAAAUGAAAGUGUCAACCAAUUCCUUUCAAUCUGUUCCCAACAGAGGUGGUUUUGGCAUCGUUUAUGAAGGAUUCAUAGGUGAAAAUGUUAAAGUUGCAAUAGGAUAAAUUCGUUAAACUGCUGAAACGAAUUAGAUUAGCUAGAUGCGUUGAUAUAUAAGUCCAGGAAGUGACAUCAUAAGCCAAAUGCUUAAAUAAAAUAACAAAAUGACACUUCACCAAUUGUUAACUAUAUGUAAUAAUACUCUAUAAUAAUAACACCUGUAACAAUACUCUCCCCUUAACCCACUUUUUGCCCUCAAGAAGUGAGCUCGAUGAAUUUUGGAAAUUGCAGCAACAUCUCGUCCGAAUACUCCCAUGUAGCCUCCUCACCUAUCUGAUUUAACCUAUUGCAACUCUAACAUUUUCACCUAUGAAUCCUUCAUAAACGAUGCCAAAACCACCUCUGCAAAGAACAAAUUGAAAGGAAUUGGUUGCCACUUUCUUUUCUUCGUACGUAUAUAUAACAAAAUCCCAUUCCCCUGGACUUCUCAAAUCAUUGACAGUUUUGGCUUUCGCUAUAGAUGUGGCCUCUGCAUGACAAACUGCAUUAUGCAUGUGUUUAGUCAGUGUCGCACUCAAGCGACCAAUUGUUGGUGUUGUUGGCUUUAGCAAAAUAAUCUUGCCAAGUGUCACACUUCGGAAGGCCAAGCGUGCUACCAGUGCUGCUGUCUUCUUGGAAUAUUGGCCUUCCAUUCUCGGGUCUAAUAUCUCGAAGAGCCUAUUGAUGCGAGUUAAGCAAGGUCGGGCAAACUCCACGAGACUUAGCUCUCUAGUACGCCUUCUUGUGUCCAAUGCUUUCCUACUAGUUAGCAUCUAAAGUAACACAACCCCAAAGCCAUGAACAUCACAUCUCGUGGCUAAAUGCCCGGAAUGAGUUAGAAGUGGAACAUCUUUUAAGAUAUGACAAAAAACCAUAGAGAGAGAUUGAUGUGUGAAUUAGUUCAAUGGGACCAGUUUGAUGGGGGCCAAAAAACAAGUUUUGGGGCUCAUCUGGAGAUUAAUUUGGACAAGUAUAACGGGCACUACUCAUGAUGUACUCAGGAGCGGAAUAACUGUAAGUACCCUUG